AUGAAUGAGUUACUACUUGCACGUGUCCUGUUGUUGUUGUAUACAACGGCAACUGGAGCUGGUUUUAUUGCACGGGAUAUAACGUUUGAGAAUUGGGCCGGGCCCAGCAAGCACCAAGCCGUAGCCCUCCGAAUCGGGGCCGACCACGCCGUCGUCUACCGCUGCAGCAUCUUCGGAUACCAAGACACAUUUUACGUCCACUCGAACCGCCAGUUCAUCCGCGAAACCGAAAUUUACGGAACAGUCGACUUCAUUUUCGGCAACGCCGCCGUAGUUUUCCAAAACUGCAGCAUCUACGCCCGCAAGCCCCUGCCCUCUCAGAAGAACACGAUCACCGCCCAAAACCGAAAGGACCCGAAUCAGAACACGGGCAUUUCGAUCCACGCUUGCCGGAUCCUCGCCACCUCCGAUCUCGAGGCGGCCAAGGGUAGCUUCCCGACGUAUCUGGGCCGUCCGUGGAAAUUGUACUCGAGGGUCGUGUACAUGCUAUCGUAUAUCGGCGAUCACGUACAUCCACGUGGAUGGCUCGAGUGGAAUGCCAAUUUUGCCCUUGACACGCUGUACUACGGUGAAUACAUGAAUUCUGGGCCGGGCGGGGCAGUGGGGCAGCGGGUGAACUGGCCCGGGUACCGGGUGAUUACCUCCCCGGUGGAGGCGGGUAAGUUUACGGUUGCACAGUUUAUAUAUGGGUCGUCGUGGUUGCCGUCUACCGGGGUGGCAUUCUUGGCCGGGCUUUCGGUCUAA